UCCUCUUACGGGACAUCCCAGGGUAUAAAAAGAACAAACUCUCCACAGCAGAUACAACUCACCGAGGAGGAGAAACAGUCCUCAGCUCUUCUGAAAACAGCCAACAGAGGCACAUCAGCUGAUGAGGCCAAGCUAAAGGCUCUCUGCUCCCAACAAACUACUAAAGGCUCGUCCACUCCUAGACUUCUUCUCGUCUUUCUCGUCUUUUAUCGACUCGCUCGCCAGACUUCCAGUGCCGCCAUGCCUCCCCAGAGUACCUCCCAGAGCCAGAGCGGUCCCAGGGUCCUGCAGGGCGACCUGAGCGCCCUCAGCCCGGCCGUCAAGGAGUUCGUUGAUGCCAACGUGACUCUGUGCCAGCCCGACUCCAUCCACAUCUGUGACGGCUCCGACGAGGAGAACCGCUCCAUCCUGACCCACCUGGAGGAGCAGGGGAUGAUCAAGAAGCUCAAGAAAUACGAGAACUGCUGGUUGGCCAGGACCGACCCGAGGGACGUGGCUCGUGUGGAGAGUAAGACUGUGAUCGUGACCCGGGACCAGAAGGACACGGUGCCCACGCCGCUGGAUGGCGGAGUCAGCCAGCUGGGCCGCUGGAUGUCCCCGGAAGAGUUCGACAAAGCCAUGGCUGAGAGGUUUCCUGGAUGCAUGAAAGGUCGUACCAUGUAUGUGAUUCCCUUCAGCAUGGGUCCAGUGGGCUCCCCGCUCUCUAAGAUCGGGGUGGAGCUGACAGACUCUCCCUACGUGGUGGCCAGUAUGAGGGUCAUGACCCGUAUGGGGAAAGCCGUGCUGUCCGCUCUGGGGACCGGCGAGUUCGUCCGCUGUCUGCACUCCGUCGGCUGUCCUCUGCCAGUCAAAAAGCCCUUGGUGAACAACUGGCCCUGUAACCCCGAGCAGACGUUAAUCGCCCACAUCCCGGACCGCAGGCAGAUCGUCUCAUUCGGCAGUGGCUACGGAGGAAACUCUCUGCUGGGGAAGAAGUGCUUCGCCCUGCGUAUCGCCUCACGGAUCGCCAAAGAGGAGGGCUGGCUGGCCGAGCACAUGCUGAUCCUGGGCGUCACCAACCCUGCUGGAGAGAAGAAGUACAUGGCGGCGGCCUUCCCCAGCGCCUGCGGGAAGACCAACCUGGCCAUGCUGUCGCCCACGCUGCCCGGCUGGAAGGUCGAGUGUGUGGGAGACGACAUCGCCUGGAUGAAGUUUGACAGCCAAGGCAACCUACGUGCAAUCAACCCUGAGAACGGCUUCUUCGGCGUUGCUCCCGGCACCUCAGCCAAAACCAACCCCAACGCCAUGGAGACCAUCGUCAAGAACACCGUCUUCACCAACGUUGCAGAGACCAGCGAUGGCGGCGUGUACUGGGAGGGGAUGGACCAGACUCUGCCUGAAGGAGUCACCGUCACGUCCUGGAAGAACAAGCCCUGGAGCUCAGAGGACGGUGAACCCAGUGCUCACCCCAACUCUCGCUUCUGCACUCCGGCCGGCCAGUGUCCCAUCAUCGACCCACUGUGGGAAUCCCCCGAGGGAGUCCCCAUCGAGGCCAUCAUCUUCGGAGGGCGCAGGCCAGAAGGUGUCCCUCUGGUCUACGAGGCUUUCAACUGGCAGCACGGAGUGUUUGUCGGAGCAGCCAUGAGGUCAGAGGCCACGGCUGCAGCCGAGCACAGAGGCAAGAUGAUCAUGCACGACCCCUUCGCCAUGCGCCCCUUCUUCGGCUACAACUUCGGCCAGUACCUCUCUCACUGGCUGAGCAUGGCCGACCGCGCCGGCGCCAAACUCCCCAAGAUCUUCCACGUCAACUGGUUCCGCAAGAGCCCCACCGCCGGAUUCCUCUGGCCCGGCUUCGGCGACAACAUCCGCGUGCUGGACUGGAUGUUCAGGCGGCUGAACGGCGAGGCCGGCGCCAUGCCCUCCGCCGUGGGCUACCUGCCCAGCUGUGACUCUCUGAACCUCCAGGGUCUGAAGGGGCACGUGGACCUCAAAGAGCUGUUCUCCCUGGAUCAGGAGUUCUGGCAGAAGGAGGUGGAGGAGGUGAGGAGGUACUUCACCACGCAGGUGAACGACGACCUGCCCAACGAGGUGGCCCGGCAGCUGGAGCUGCUGCAGCAGAGAGUGCAGCAGAUGUGAAGAAAGAAAGGGGGGAAAGUCUGAGAGAACAGGCUGGUAAUUCUAGAACAGCUUGUCUAUAGUUCUAGAACACUAAUUAGGUGAUUCUAGAAUGUCACCAGAAAAUGGAAUCAUUCUAGAAGAGAUUGUCUUUGAUUCUAGAAUGGAAUUGUCUUUGAUUCUAGAAUGGAAUUGUCUUUGAUUCUAGAACGGAAUUGUCUUUGAUUCUAGAAUGGAAUUGUCUUUGAUUCUAGAAUGGAAUGUUGGUAGUUUUACAAUGACAUAUCUUAAAUUCUAGAACAGAAUGUGAAUAGUUCUAGAAUGUUGCGUCACUUUUAUACUGAGAAUCUCUAACUUUUAUAAGUAAUUCCCUUCUUUCGAGGUGGAGCCUUACAAUUUCUGCUAACUGUUUUACUAAUUAUGUAUUUUAUAUGUAAUUAUAUAUGAUUAUAUGAAUUGCAGAUCUGAUCUGAAUAGGAUAUGUUUCCUUACAAUGCUGUGGUAGCACCACUGUGUUCUAAUGUGUUGUCUAUCUGUAUGUCUGAACUUUACUAUUUAAUCGUAACUUAUUAGAAGCGCACAUCAAACUGUAACUGCCACAAGGAUUUGUACGGCAAAGACGGACUAAAUGAGUCCAGGUCUCUUGGAUUGUUUGAAACCCUGAACACGGGGGAAAUGUAUGUUUUCUGUUCCUGUCUUAGUUUUAUGUCUUAAUUUAUUUUUGUACACUGUUGGUAUCUCUUGGUUCUGUUUUUCUGUAACCUCGAGUCCCCAAAGAAGGGAGAA